GAUUUCUGAUAAUCAGACACAAACUCCGGUAUAGACGAAGGAAACUAACUGAGAUAUCAUCAAAACCUACUUCCAAGUUUCGUCAACUUAUCCAAGAAACAAGCUAGGGCUCUGUAUCUGCCAUGGCUCCUGAUGCUUCUACUGCUCUUGCAGCGAGGGAGAAAGUUCAGCAAUUCCUGAAUGCAGCUUGUACAGGGAAUCUUGAAUUCCUUAAGAAGGUUGCUAAGCAGCUUGAUGAAGGAAAAGACUUGACAAAAACUGUGGAGAGUAUUAAAGACGCAAACAAACGUGGAGCUCUUCACUUUGCUGCAAGAGAAGGACAAACUGAAAUAUGCAGAUAUCUUUUAGAAGAGCUGAAACUCAAUGCUGAUGCAAAGGAUGAAACUGGAGAUACUCCGCUUGUUCAUGCUGCGAGGCAAGGACAGAUUGGAACGGCAAAGUAUCUUUUAGAGCAUGGAGCUGAUCCUAAUAUAGCAAGUGAACUAGGAGCCACAGCAUUGCAUCAUGCAGCUGGGACAGGAGAAAUCGAGUUGCUAAAGGAAUUGCUUUCCAGAGGUGUCCCUGUUGACUCUGAAAGUGAAUCUGGGACGCCAUUAAUCUGGGCCGCUGGCCACGACCAAAAAGAUGCUGUGGAAGUCUUGUUAGAACACAAGGCCAAUCCUAAUGCUGAGACUGAAGAUGAUAUCACUCCGUUGUUAUCUGCAGUGGCUGCGGGUUCUCUAGCUUGCUUAGAGUUGUUGGUCAAGGCAGGUGCCAAAGCUAACGUUUUUGCUGGUGGUGCAACUCCAUUGCACAUUGCGGCUGAUAUUGGAAACCUUGAGCUAAUUAACUGUUUACUUAAAGCCGGGGCUGAUCCUAAUCAGAAAGACGAGGAAGGUAAUAAGCCAAUAGAGGUUGCGGCUGCUAGAGACAACAGAAAGGUUGUUGAGAUCCUCUUCCCGUUGACAACAAAACUCGAAUCUGUUUCGGACUGGACAGUAGAUGGAAUUCUCGCUCACAUGAAAGCAAACAAAGAACAAGAGGAAAACUCAAACAACGCGAAAUCCGGAGAGACCGGGAUCAAGAAAGAUCUUCCCGAGGUCUCCCCAGAAGCAAAGGCGAAAGCUGCAGAAGCAAAAGCAAGAGGACAAGACGCCUUUCACAGAAAAGAUUUCCAGAUGGCUAUUGACGCUUACACACAAGCAAUUGAUUUUGACCCAACGGAUCAUACCUUAUUCUCAAACCGAAGCCUCUGCUGGUUGCGGUUAGGACAAGCUGAGCAAGCCUUAUCUGAUGCUAAAGCCUGCAGAGAACUAAAACCGGAUUGGCCUAAGGGUUGUUUCAGAGAAGGCGCUGCUCUGCGUUUGCUACAGCGAUUUGAGGAUGCAGCCAAUGCUUUUUACGAGGGAGUAUUGCUUAGCCCUGAAAGCAAGGAGCUCGUUGAUGCUUUCAGAGAAGCUGUAGAUGCAGGAAGGAAGUUUCACGGCAGGGAUGAGGUUAAGGCGAAAUCAUAAGAUCUUCGAGUCUAUUUAGUAUCUGUACGAAGUUUUGAUCUGCUUCUUAGUUCUUACUUCUUAUCUUUCUUGUCCCUUAUGCACUUGCUUAUUUUUAAUGUACUGAAAAUUUUAGGAUUGAAGUAGUUGUGUUUGUUGUCGGAUUUUUUAUAUUGUCAACCCUAACUGGAAAGUUUAUGUGAUUUCAUUGGAGUUAAAUCAUUGAAAAACAGAGAGAUUUGGGGGUU